CUGCGUAAAUGAAGAAAGCAGUGAGAGCGGAAGUGUGAGGAGGAGGAGAAGACACAAAGGAGAAGGAUGUGAGUGGGGGCCGCGAGAGAGAACAGGGGGCCAGGAAGAAUGAAAGAAAGGUGGCCCUAUAGGAUGCUGCACGUGGCUGUAUGAUGGAAGGGAACGAGAAGGUGAACCGGCUUUGUGGCAAGUCUGUUGGAUGGCUUCAGAGGCAAGAGAAGGAUGCAGAGCCCUGGUUAUGGAAACUCUCAAACUGCUUCUCGGCUGUUGAUCAGGCGUUACCUGCUGCUGGAGAGACAUCGAAGGACCACAUGGCGAGCAGUAGGCCUACUGUGGCACUGAAAGAUAUACCACCACCUCCCCCACCCCCACUCCAACCUCGCACAACUAUCUUCCCACUCUCCAAAAUCCAACCUCCCCCCAUAAAGCCAAUCCAUCUUCAAACCGGACCCAAAGUAAGCUGUUGUGCACUCUGUUCUAAUGGCACCUCUUGCACAUCUGCUCUCCGUUUCAAUGGGAGUGGUUUCAUUCAGCCUAAACCGAUUCUGGACAAAAAUGUCCCUGGCACCAUUACCUGUCAGGUGGCCCCGGGUCUGCCCUUACCUCCUGAAAGCCCCUUCAAAAGAGUGGCUGCCUCAAAUGUGUGUAUGGAAAACCGUCUGUCUCCCUGCCACCUUCACCCUCCUCACUCGUUUCCCUGCUGUACGAAUGUGCAUUUAAACCAGUUUCACGGUGACCUCCACAAAUUUCGGCUUCCUGCCUUUGGGACUUCUCCUGGAUACUACCCUUACACUGACUUCACUAAGGGGCCUGCACUGCAUUUUAAAGAACGUCUUGCACAGUCUGAAAUGUUGUCACACUUUUGCACAAGUUCUCUCCAUCUGAAUCCUGCACCUUCUGUGUUUCUCAAAGGCUCUUCCUUCUGUGAAGUCUGCUUGGAAAAGCCCACAGGCAAUGGUGUAGCCGAUGCAAAUAAAAUAUGGCCUAAUAUUCCUCCUCCAAAUACCCAGACUGCCGCUCUACCUGUGUGCAAUGGCUGUGGCACCCAAGGAAAUGUGAAGGAGAGGGCGAUUCUACUGGCCAAGAACUUCUGCAAAGCAUCACAAAAAUAUGGAUCCCCAGAGUUGUCGCUUGCUGGACAGGUGCAGGAGAAUCUGCCACCGAUCGGUGUGUUCUGGGACAUAGAAAACUGCUCUGUUCCCAGUGGUCGCUCUGCGGUCAGUGUAGUGAAGCGGAUUCGAGAGCGACUUUUCAAAGGUCACCGGGAAGCGGAGUUCAUCUGUGUUUGUGAUAUCAGUAAAGAAAAUAAAGAAGUUAUUGAGGAACUGAAUAAUUGUCAGGUAACUGUUGCCCACAUUAAUGCCACAGCGAAGAAUGCUGCAGAUGACAAACUCAGACAGAGUUUAAGGAGGUUUGCAGACACGCACACGUCUCCAGCAACUGUGGUUUUGGUUUCCACUGAUGUUAAUUUUGCUCUGGAAAUAAGUGACCUGCGGCACCGCCAUGGUUUCCAUAUCAUAAUUGUACACAAGAACCAAGCCUCUGAAGCGUUGCUUCACCAUGCACACAAGCUCAUCCCCUUUGAAGAGUUUAUUUCUGACCUUCCUCCCAGGCUUCCUUUGAAACCACAGCAGUGCCAUACGCUCUUAUACGUGUAUAACUUGCCAACAAACAGAGAUGCAAAAAGUAUCAGUAACCGCCUCCGACGCCUUUCUGAUAACUGUGGAGGAAAAGUGAUGAGCUUAUCGGGCAGCAGCGCCAUUCUCCGCUUUAUCAAUCAAGAGAGUGCGGAGCGGGCUCAGAAACGCAUGGAGAACGAGGACGUUUUUGGCAACCGGAUCACUGUUUCCUUUGCACCUAAAAAUCGAGAGGUAACUGAAGUUAAGAAUGCUAGCUGCAACAAUGGGGACAAAUUGAAGUCGUCUCCCAAAAAAGUGAACAAGAAUACCAAGCUGUGCCUCGCUGUUAAAGAUCAACUCGACCCACCGUCAAACACCAAAGGCUCUGCAAACAAGGCUGCUCAAGGCAGAAACUCAAAUGUGAAAAGUCUGCAGGAGCUGUGCCAAAUGCAGUCCAAAGCAUCUAACAGGACGAAUGGAAACAGGACAAAUGGAAACCCUCAAGAUAAAGAGAAAAAGAAAAGUGGAGAUAAAUUAAAUUCUUUGUGUCAAAGUGGCAUUUCCAUUUCCAACCAUGUGUCAGUGGCCCCAAAAACUGUCGGAAAAGAAGAGAAAACCAUUAAAAGCAUUCAGAGACCGGAUGUCCCAGUUUCUGAAUCUCUUGUGGAGAAACCAGAGAAGGAAGAAACAUCUUUUCAAAUAAGUAAUCCAUCUGCUUUCAGCAAACUGGCAGGAUCUAGGCAACUUAGUCCUGCUAGAUCCUCUCAAAGUGGAUGGUCUUCAAGGAAUUUGUCCCCAAAUGUUUCCAACUGUUCGUCCCCCCUGCUGACUACUCACACUGGUGCUACGGACCCAUCUGCUGAUCCGUUUGCAAAUGGCGCUGAUAUUCAGAUUGGCAAUCUAGACUAUAGAAGAUCCAGAAAGGAGCUUCUGCAAACCUUGCGUGACAUAUUUUCCAGACAUGGGAAGUUAAAACAUAUCGAGCUCAGCCCUCACACAGACUAUCAAUUAAAGGCCACAGCAAAGAUGGAGAAUCUCCAGGAAGCAAUUUGUGCCGUCAACAGUCUACAUAGACACAAGAUAGGAAGCAAGAGAAUCCAGGUGUCCUUGGCCACCGGGGUAGCUAAUAAAUCCCUCUCCCUGCUAAGCUUUGGAACAAUUGCCAUCCUGCAAGAUGCGCCUGCUUGCUGCUUACCUUUGUUUAAAUUUACAGAAAUCUAUGAGAAAAAGUUUGGACACAAGCUGAUUGUGUCAGAUCUGUACAGAUUAGCAGAUACUGUUACCAUCCGUGACCAAGGAAAUGGUAAAUUGGUCUGUCUUCUACCAAGCUUUCAGGCAAGGCAAAGUCCAUUAGGGUCUUCUCAGUCACACGAUGGCUCCUCCACAACCGGUAGUCCUGUGGUAUUCGAAGAGCUGGAGUAUCAUGAUCCCGUCUGCAGACUGCACUGCACCAAUAAGAAACUCUGCAGGCAUGAUUUUGAUCCAGACUCUUACAUAAUCCCGUAUGUCGUCCAGUCUUUAAAAAUCUUUGCUCCUCAAGUUCACAGCCUCCUGCAGUCUCAUGAGGGCACAGUUCCCCUAAUAAGUUUUCUUGACUGCUAUGCUGCAGAGUUCAGUGCAAUGCAUAUAGUAGAGGAAGGACAGGGAGGAGUGCCGCUGGAACAUCUCAUCACUUGUGUGCCAGGGGUUAAUAUUGCAACUGCACAAAAUGGCAUAAAGGUUGUCAAGUGGAUACACAACAAGCCGCCACCUCCAAAUUCUGAUCCCUGGAUGUUGCGGUCCAAAAGUCCUGUUGGCAAUCCUCAGCUGAUACAGUUCAGCCGAGAGGUCAUUGAUCUAUUAAAGAAUCAACCGUUUUGCAUAAUGCCAGUCUCAAAAUUUAUCCCAACAUAUCAUCAUCAUUUUGCAAAGCAGUGCAGAGUGUCCGACUAUGGCUACUCUAAACUGAUGGAACUUUUAGAGGCCGUGCCACAUGUUCUACAGAUCCUCGGUAUGGGCUCAAAACGCUUCUUGACUCUAACUCACAGAGCGCAGGUGAAGCGAUUUACCCAAGAUCUUUUAAAGCUCCUGAAGUCUCAGGCCAGUAAACAGGUCAUUGUAAGAGAGUUCUUACAAGCUUAUCAUUGGUGCUUUUCAAGAGACUGGGAUGUCACAGAAUAUGGAGUAUGCGAGUUGGUUGACAUAGUAUCAGAGAUACCUGAUACCACAAUAUGCGUUACUCAGCAAGAAAAUGAGAUUGUGAUCUCAAUUCCUAAACGAGAACGUACCCCAGAAGAGAUCGAAAGGACAAAGCAGUUUUCUAAGGAAGUGGUGGACUUGUUGCGUCACCAGCCUCAUUUCAGAAUGCCAUUUAAUAAGUUUAUUCCAUCCUAUCACCACCAUUUCGGCAGGCAGUGUAAACUUACGUAUUACGGGUUUACCAAACUGAUUGACCUCUUUGAAGCCAUACCAGAAGUAUUACAGGUUUUAGAAUGUGGUGAGGAAAAAAUGUUGACCCUGACAGAAAUGGAGCGUAUUAAAGCUUUAGCUUCCCAGCUUGUAAAACUUCUACGCUCUCAGAAAGACUCCUCCUUAAUGAUGCCUGACUUGCUUACUGAAUAUAGCAAGACGUUUGGCUACAGCCUGAGGCUCCACGACUAUGACGUCAGCUCUGUACCAGCACUGAUGCAGAAACUAUGCCAUGUUGUUAAGAUUAUAGACACUGUCUCGGGGAAGCAGAUCCAGCUGAUCAACCGAAAGUCACUGCGUUCCCUAACUGCACAGCUCCUAAUUCUGCUCAUGUCAUGGGAUGAGUUGUCUCUACUCGCCGUCAAUCAGCUACGGCAGAUAUACAAAAGUAUCCAUGGAGUUCCACUUAAUCCAUGUGAAUAUGGAUUUGUGUCCUUGACUGAAUUACUAAAAAGCCUUCCCUACUUGGUUGAGGUGCUUACAAAUGACAUGAACGAAGACUGCCUGCAGCUGACAUCCCUGUAUUUGUUUGCAAAAAAUGUCCGUUCGUUGCUGCAUACUUACCACUACCAGCAGAUCUUCCUACAUGAAUUCUCAACUGCUUAUAGCAAGUAUGUUGGAGAAGGGCUGCAACCCAAGCAAUAUGGCUUCAACAGCCUGGAAGAGCUAUUGGGAGCAAUUCCACAGGUGGUUUGGAUUAAGGGGCAUGGACAUAAAAGGAUUGUAGUGCUGAAGAAUGACAUGAAGGUUUGUCAUCAGGCAGAAAAAGAACUCCUGUGCCUCUCUUCACCCGUCGAUCUCUUGUGUGGCCCUGUUCCUUCAUGCCUUCCAUCUCCACAAUUGCAUCCUGAAUCAGUUGUUCAGGAGUUUGGUGACCUCAUACAAUUUGAAGAACAUUUCUCUGGCUUGGUGAAUGACAGAUCUCAGAACACACCGUCUUACUACUUGCUGUCGGACGAGAAUGCACCUUCUAAUGGUGUAGAAGAGGCAGCAGAGUCCUCUGUCCCUGACCAGACAGAGUCCAGGUUUUCAAAGGAAAUGCUGGAAAGCCCAGUCAAGAAACAGAGUCGCAACAGAGUCAGGCUGGCUGCAAACUUCUCAUUCGCACCUGUUACAAAAUUGUAAGAUUUCAUUUCUUCACGCCUGCACUAGGACACACAGGGUUCCAGCUUAUCUGUAUUCUUUACCAAGCCGUGAGCCUGCAGCACGCUUGGUCCUAUACCUUUAUCUUCUGCUUUAAAAGCUUUUAUUUUUUUGAGCAUUGAUGGCGAUUUUGAGACCUUGUUGUAUAGGUUUCAGUAUAUCAAUGGUGGAAAACGUUGUGUGCAAAACCAGUUAAUUCACUUUUAUUUCAUCAAGGCCUCUCCAUAAAUAUAACCCCACAUCUCGGUGUGACUUUGUCUGGUAGACUGUUUACAUCCAUUUCUUCAAGCAGUAUUAUUCUUAAGGCAUGGUCGGUCAGCUCGCUGUCAGAUCUACUUUUAACCCUUAACUAUUUCAAAGGCUCCACCUUCUGCGCCCCUUGUGAAGACAAUCUUGCACAUUGGCUUUCCCCUUUUCCAUAUUGGCACUCAAAGAACAAGAUACUUAUUUGGGGAUGUAGGGAUUGACUGUUCAUGCAGCAAACUUUUAGGAAAUAAAUUCUGCUAAUUUUAUUUCUUUUUAUGUCAAGGGCUGUUUCAGGUGACUUGUGAGGACUGCGUGAAUAUAUUUUUUGGAAGUUGUUAUACAAUGUAAAAAAAAAAAAGUGACUUCAUUUUGUUUCUGUUUUGCACUGAAGAACUCCGAUACCCAGCCAUAUGAUCCAGCAUGCCUUUAUUUCUUGUGUGAUCCACAGAUGAGUUUCAAAAAGUCAGAUGUGCUUUCAGUUGUUUCGCAUUGUCUGGUGGAAAAUGUCAUCUUGACCGUGUCUUGGGAAAGAUGUAAAGUUGUGUGCAAAUAGGUUUCUGAUUUCUUUUUACAUUACUAUGCAUCAAGUGCAUAAAUCAUGGAUGACGGAGCAGUUGCAGAUGUAGCACAGUCAACUUCAGUAGAUAUUGCCAUUUCCACUGAAACGGAAGGGGUUGCCUACAAGUGGAGAUGUCAAGGUUUUCUGGGUGAACCUUGAUUUUGGCUUAAGAUUUCUUUUAAGACUUGGCAGACGAGGGGCAGUGAUGGUUUGAUGGGAUGGCAUAUUUGUCUUUUUAACUGUCUGUAGAUGUUUUUAUUCAUAUCGACUGGGUUUUUGGAAACCUUUUUUGUGAGUUUAGGAGAACUUGCAGGAUGGUUUGUUUUUUUGAGAAAGGCCACACUUUCAGUAAAGCAGGUGGACUUUGUUUGACUGCAUAGUGUCAGAAGGCCUCGGAUUCCUUCUAGGCUAGCCUGGCUUUUACAAUGGGUUGUAUUUGCCAGGCGAGAAAUUGUUCCUUUGUAGAACCUUCUACUAAAAGGUUCUACUCUUGUUUUUUGUGUUGGGAUCUUUGCAAUACGGUUUGAAGAGAGAAGGAAGGGUCCAUAGCCAUCUCAAACUCAAGUACUUUUACGGAAUGGCUAUUAAGUUGUUUUACCUUCUAUAUUUUGCACAAGGAUCUUUUAAUUGUGGCCACUUCCAGCUGAAAGUUGUAGCUACUGUGUAGGUCGAAGCAUUGAGUGUAUGUGUCUGUGUUUUCAUAUUUGUUUCCUUCUGCACUUCUAAGCUCGAGUCCCUGCUAAAGACAGUUCCUCUAGUAAUGAUGACGGGUUCAGAUAUGAAGUCCAGAACAAAUUAUUUUUUUUUUUAAAGGCCGCUUUUAAAUAAAGUUCAGUGUAACCUUAUGCAUGAAUUCUGAUCAUAUGGUGGGCAUAAGACUAUGUAUUCAAGCGUUUAUGGUUUCAUAGCAUGUAACUACAAGUCACCUGAAACACUCCUAUUACAACAUAGUUCUGCAGAGUGAUCAAAAAGCUCCUUGCAGCAUAAGAGUCAAAUUAUACUUGGGAUAACGGCUAUGGAUUUUAGUUUCCCUCUACGUGUGGCCAUCUCCUUUGGGAAAAAUAAAUCGACUUUGAUAUGGAUGUAACUUGCGUCCUGCUAUAAAAUGGACAAUGUCUAGUACUUAAGUUUUUCAAAUCUGUUUAAAAGAAUUCGGGAUGAGGCUGGUUUAGUACUUUAUUUGGAAGAAUAAAUGUUUAAUUUGUAACUAAAAUAAAGAAUAACCACUUUGUGGAGGCUUUUGAAGCGGUCUGGGCUUAAAAUUAUGCACUGUCUUAUUUUUUAUUUUAUUUUUUACUUUUUCUUUCUGUCUUUUUUCCCCCCUCAAUUUUAAGUCUCAAUACGUCAUUUUUGUGUUUUGGGACCAAAUUCUUGUGUGUCAAUAAACUAUUUG